AUGGCCAUGCAGAGGACCAAGGUGGCGCACGACGAGCGCGCUCCUCCCGUCCUGCGCGCGACGAAGAUCGCGCGGAACGGCGACUUCGGCGACUCUGGCGACGAAAACCGCACCGAGCGCCAUGCGAAACGCCCGCGCGGCGGGAUCGCCGGGGGUUCCAGCGUGGUGCUGGGGCACAGUGGAUGCAGACCAUGUCGCGCUUCAGUGGCCUUGGGCGCAGUCGUUGCCGCCUCGGGUUGGUUGCUGGCCACUCUGCUGCCUUUUGCUGCCACGCCCCACGUGACGUAUCGACAGAAGCCGGAGAAGCGGCUCUUGGUGUUUCACAUCAUCGAGCAGUUUGGUGGAGCCUCGAAAAGCUUGAUGCAGUUCUUAAACCUGGCGCAGCGCUUGGAGCGCCGCCCGGUCUUGCCCGGGAUCCUGGCCAAGCAUCCCUAUGACAACACCGUGUAUCGCUCAGCGAACACGAAAUCCGUGCAGGACUUGGAGGAGUUCUUGGAGCUGUCUAGUCUAAGCUCCGGCUUGAUGCAGCCCAUCGGCUUCCGCGAGCACCUGGCGGAGAUGGGGAACCUGGUCGAUGCGAUCCUGGUGACGGUGAUGGAUCCCUUGCACCGGGGUCCAGCCUUCAAUCCUUUGAACACGGAAGGGCCCAUUAUGGAGUGCCAGUGGUUGUUGAAGAAAUGCACAAAGAAGCCGCUGAAGUGUGGGGAAAGCUUCAUGUGGAGGUUGGACCUCCGUGGCUUUGAUAGUUGGCAGCUGCGGAAAAAUGCCAAGAUCUGGUGCAUCCACAACAAUGUCCACUUGUGGAAGAAGGAGUUGGGACCGCUUCUGCAGAAGCAGUUCUCAUGGGCCCGACAUCUGCUGUUGCUGAAUUGGGUCGGUGUCACGCAGGCGCCCUGCAAUAGCCCCAAUCGCAUUUGCUCCUCCAAGCUCGACACACAUGGAACCAUGAGCGCGCUGGAGCACCACCUGAAACGCUGGCGCUUGAGCAGCAAUGUCCAAAACUUGGCUGAGGACUUCUUGGUGAGGCAUCCUGAGCUGGGGUGGACCUACAAUGCGGUCCAGUUGCGCGCCGAGAUGGUGCUGAACUAUCGCUACCUCAGUCCCACAUGCAACGAUACUGGAGUCUAUCAAUGGUUUCAGACCUUGAGGUCUCAAAUUAGCACAUGGAAUGGCACAUGGUUCCGUGCCAAAGAUCUCAAGAAAGGUGGCUCCAGGACCUUGAAAAGAUACGACAACGAGAGCAUGCAGCGUCUGGUGGAGCUGGAGAGAGAUCUGUGGCGUGACUCGCCUGUCACCUUCAUUGAGAAUGAAUGUGAAGGACUGCCCGACGUCAUGUGCUUGCUCGUAGAUGUGGCCCUCCUCUCCCGCGCCGAGCGCCUCUACUUGUGGGGCUCCUCUGGCGGGGUGGAUCUCUGGUGUCGCAUUGAGCGGGAGCGCCUGAAUUUGCCAAGCCGCCAUGUCUUCCGCAGCAUGCUAGCGCCACAGGGCUGCUAG